CCCCCCGCACAUCGAUUCCACAAAAAAGAGAAGAUAGCAUAGCAUACCUCAAUUUCAAUCAAAACCACUACACUACAAAUACACCACACAACUCGAUUACAUUUUUAUUUCCACCUCACCCUCAGCAAAAUUAACCAACUAACAUAUAGUAUAUCACUAAUAAUUAACUUUGUACAUAUAUAGUAAGGUAAGUAGUAUAAUGGAAUAGAAUAAAGCGAUCCCAUUCGAAAUUUCCAAUUCCCACCGUUAAAAACACGUUACGUCCCAUUUUCAUUCUUUGCUUGCUUGCGCUGGGACGUGACCAUAUCCCAUGCGAGAGUCAAAGUUUAGUGUGACAACAAAGGGUUAAUAACCUUAAAUGGAUACCACGUUGUUUAGAGUAGUGAGUAGUUUCCAACAUCACCAAGCUGAUCAAGAUCAUCAAUCCCUCAACAACUCCACCACAAGCAGCAGCUCUCGAUCCUCCAGACAAGAGCAAAACUAUCCCUACCCACAAGAACACGACGAAGAAUGCUUCAACUUUUUCAUGGAUGAUGAAGACUUAUCCUCGUCUUCUUCCAAGCACUACUAUCCCUAUCAACCCCACCCUCCCUCCACUACCGACCAUUCCUUCUCCCCCACUCCCGGCGUCGACGUUGUCUUCCCCUUCGAGUUCUCCUCCGGAAAGUGGGCCCAGGACAUCCUCCUCGAAACCGCACGUGCCGUUGCCGACAAGAACACCACCCGCCUUCAACAACUCAUGUGGAUGCUAAACGAGCUCAGCUCCCCCUACGGCGACACCGACCAGAAACUAGCCUCGUACUUCCUCCAAGCCUUCUUCAGCCGCAUCACCCAAGCCGGGGACCGAACCUACAAAACCUUAGCUUCAGCUUCCGAGAAAACAUGCUCCUUCGAAUCAACCCGCAAGACGGUGCUGAAGUUCCAAGAGUUGAGUCCCUGGACAACCUUCGGCCACGUGGCAUCCAAUGGCGCCAUCUUAGAAGCCUUGGAAGGAGAGCCCAAACUACACAUAGUUGACAUCAGCAACACCUAUUGCACCCAAUGGCCAACCCUCUUCGAAGCCUUGGCAACUCGAAACGAUGACACUCCGCAUCUCCGUUUAACCUCCGUCGUCACCGCCGGCGCCACCGCGCAGAAGGUCAUGAAGGAAAUCGGAGCCAGAAUGGAGAAAUUCGCCAGACUCAUGGGCGUGCCCUUUAAAUUCAACGUCGUUCAUCAUGUAGGUCAACUCUCUGACCUCGAUUUCAGUGUGCUAGAUAUUAAAGAAGACGAGGCGUUGGCGAUUAACUGUGUUAACACCUUGCAUUCGAUCGCCGCCGUGGGGAACCACCGUGACGCGGUUAUAUCUUCGUUGAGGAGGUUGAAACCGAGGAUCGUGACGGUGGUGGAGGAGGAGGCUGAUUUGGACAUUGGAUUGGAAGGGUUUGAGUUCGUGAAAGGGUUUGAAGAGUGUUUGAGGUGGUUUAGGGUUUACUUUGAGGCCUUGGACGAGAGUUUUCCGCGGACGAGCAACGAGCGUUUGAUGCUUGAGAGGGCGGCGGGGAGGGCGGUGGUGGACCUGGUGGCGUGUUCUCCGGCGGAUUCCGUAGAGAGGCGGGAGAAGGCGGCGCGGUGGGCGAGGAGGAUGCAUGGAGGUGGGGGGUUCAAUACGGUGGCGUUUAGCGAAGAGGUAUGCGAUGAUGUGAGGGCGUUGUUGAGGAGGUAUAGGGAAGGGUGGGCAAUGACACAGUGCUCCGACGCCGGAAUAUUCCUGACGUGGAAGGAGCAGCCGGUGGUGUGGGCCAGUGCAUGGAGGGCCUUGACGUAGAGUAGAGGAGAAUGACUUGACGUGAGUAAGGUGUUGAGGGACGGAUUCCCACGUGCUCUCUGUUCCGGAAACACGUGCCCAACGCUGAGGGUUCUUUUUUUCUUUUUUCUUUUAAGGUAAUUAAUUAAUGGCUUUUUUUACUUCCUGUUUUGAGUUUGCUACGUAAGGCAGUGGGAUUAAUUGGAAGGUAUGAGGGUGAUAGGAGGAAGGGGAUUUUCCUGUAUUAUUCAAAAAAGGAAUCAUCAUCAAGUAAAUUAAUUUUCAUUAUUAACUUUUUUUCACAUUUCGUUUUUUA